AUGGAAGGAUUCCAAGGAUGCGAGAGAAACUUUCGGGACAAAGAGAAAAUCUCACCACCAAAUCGCCUGGAGCCGGAAGAGCUCAUCCAUCUCCUCCUCACCUGCACAUCCCUGCGAUUGGUCGAUGGUGGUAGGAAGCUCCACGCCCAUAUCUCCCGUCUGGGCCGCCUUGAAAGGGAUGGGCGUCUCGCGAAUCACCUCAUCGACAUGUAUGGCAAGUGCGGGCAUUUGGACGAUGCCAAGGCUGUGUUCCAAAGCCUUGACGCGAGUAAGAGGAGCUCUCUCUCGUGGAGCGCGCUCAUCACGGCUCACGGCUCAUGUGGAUCAAUCGGAGGGGCUGUUGGCCUGCUGAACGAGAUGGAGGAGCAGGGAAUUCUCCCGGAUCAAACCGCCCUCUUGCCAGCGCUCAAUCUUUGCCCCACACACGGCGCUCUCGCAGGGGGCAUUGUGGUACACAAAAUAAUAGCGGAUCGUGGGCUGGAGAAGAAUGUGAUAAUCUCAAAUGAGAUUAUCAACAUGUAUGGAAAAUGCAGCCAAAUCGACCAAGCCAGAGCUUUCUUAGAUAGAAUGUAUUUCCGAAACACAGGGUCUUGGAACGCCAUUGUUUCAGCAUAUGCCCAAAAUGGGCAUCAGUCGGAUGCAGUGAAAAUGCUCUUUGUCAUGCAGCUCGAGGGCGUCAAGAUUGGAAAAAUCGGAUUCGUUACACUCCUCAAGGCUUGCUGCGGCCCAAUGUUCCUGAAGACCGGCAGACUCAUUCACUCUUGUCUUCCGGAGGAUGUUCUCCAUGAGACGGACGUCACAGCCGGAACGAGCCUUGUUCAUAUGUAUGCAAAGUGUGGCAGCCUUGCGGAAGCGCGAGAGAUUUUUGAGCGGAUGAGCUGCAAGAACAAGUUUGCAUGGUCUGCCAUGAUCAGCGCUUACGUAGAACACGAGGAAACGAGGUCUUCCCUCGAGUGUUUUUGUCUGAUGCUGCUCAAUGGUGUCGAGCCAGAUGAGCUUUCGUGGCGGUUUUAG